CGCUUUGAAGGAUGCUUGAUGGCGGCUGCCAUCUUCCGUCUCCAAUUUAGCCCGAGAGGACCGAAUAUCCACCAUCGCGUCGCGAUUGGCACCGGUAGCUAGUUUCCUGCAACCCUAAAACGGUAGAAGUCGGAUUACACAGUUCUGGUCAGUCAUCAAGUGAAUAUUCCACUUGCAUCGGACCUGAGCCUAGGUGCUUGUGAAGUGGGCUGUGUCAGAUUUGAAGACUGAUAUUGUGGAACACUAUACUACUCAACCAAGAUGCCCGCGGUAAAAGGAGAGGGAAUGAGGGGCUUAGCCGUUUUCAUUUCUGACAUUAGGAACUGUAAGUGACAGUAAAAAUUUUCAUCUUUCUAAGUUUCUCGAAGGUGUUUUCAUUUUUUUAGUCUGUGUCGCGUUUGACACGUGUGUCUUGAUCGGUUGAAAUCAACUAUGUGAUCGUUCUCAGCGUUUCGCUUCAUCGCGGCAUUCUGUCACACGCGGGAUUCAAACAUCCCUUAUUGUUUCAGGUAAAUCUAAAGAAGCUGAGAUGAAGCGGAUAAACAAGGAGCUUGCAAAUAUUAGAAAUAAAUUCAAAGGUAAGUUUGCGUAUUUACGAAACCGUACGUUCAAAUCGAACUUGGUAAGUUUUCGUUAUGAGCUAAUCUCAUCGGAAGAUGGAACGUGUUCGGUUUCCAUUUCAUACUUUUUUUUGUUUUUCUCAGGCGAUAAGCAGUUAGAUGGUUACCAAAAGAAGAAGUACGUUUGUAAGCUUCUGUUUAUAUUUCUUCUUGGCCACGAUAUCGAUUUUGGUCACAUGGAAGCCGUGAAUCUGCUAUCGUCUAACAAGUAUACGGAAAAACAAAUCGUAAGUAUUCCCAAGCUAUAUGGAAGCGCCCCUUAAUUAUUUUGAUUUACAUGAGUUAAAAAUGUUUGCUUUUUGAAGCUGCCAUACCAGACCAACUUAAACAUUUAACGCGGAUUUCAAACUGUGAAAGCACUCAGGGAGGAUAUUUUCGCUAGAUUAAACACCAAAUUUUGAUUCUACUAUGGGUUAAUCAAACCGCGAUCUUUUAAUAUUGAUGAACAACCGAAAGUUCCCAUUUUCAAGAACAAAAAGUACAUCGAAACUUUUUAUAUUUGGUCAGGUACUGCCGGUAUUUAAAGCGUCUGCUCGACGGUUGAGGUGAAAAAUCAAUCAACAGCGACAAAGCUAAUUUUACCUUCGAUUCACCUAUUUCAUGCAUUUUUAACGGUUUCCCGUAGAUACUUAAAUUUUAACACCACUCAAAUUUUGUUCCCGCAGAUAAUCUUAUCACAGGGUUAUUUUCUGUGUAUUUUUGUUAAAGUUGAAUUUAUAGAUACCUUAAUUAUAAGAUAUAAUUUUGAUUAUACCGUGUUCACGAGUUUUUAAAGGUACAUGUAUUUACAUGUUCCAUGCUCUUGCACUUUCUUUGUAAAUGAAAUGCAACUGGCCCUAGAAAAUAACUUUUUGUGCCUUUCAAGUAGAUCUUUCAUUUAUUGUUAGGGAGUGUCAAUAUUUUUUAAUACUUUUAUUGCAAGUCAAGAGUUCAGAAGAGUUUCAACAUCACCCAACUUGUAACUUAAGAGCAAUAGCCUGGAAUUUUCCAAACAGGGUAUUAGUCUUCCAUGUCGUGUGUUGCCGUAAUGGAUUUCCUCCAAAGAUUUCUCAUUCUGCUUUAAAUCUCCCAAGUAAGGCUAGGGUAGUUUGAAUUCUCUAGAUUUUGUGUAUCUUAAAGUGUUGCAAUUUAAGGUGCUUUUAAAAAAUAACAAUGAAAAAGUCAUAGCUUUAAGCACUAGGAGCCAUUUGCAGCAGGAUGACAAACUGUUUUUGUGUCAUCUUGACAAACAUUUCCUCAAAUGUGACUACUCAAAAUGCUAAUCUUGAGAGAAACUUAUUAAAUUCUUUUCAGUUUGAUUUUUGUCAUCCCAGAGUAAAGGUAGUGUUGCUAGUAUUCAGAAAGCGGUAUUUAAAUUAAGCAAGGAAAUUUUGCCACUAUGACUUCAGAGAUGUCAAUUGUACCUUUGAUACAGAAAUAAAAUUGUUGUAUUGAUUGGUUGCAUCCCAAGCUAAAAGGCAAAAUUAAACAUUAUCUAUGCUCAAUGCCCACAUGCAACCUAAUCAUAAAAAUCAAGUAAGCUUCUGUCACAAAAUCAUAAAUUUUGUUGAUCCUUGGAGAUGAAAGGUUGUGCCCAGAGUUGACUGCCAUGGCAUUUGGUGAGCUUUCACACAAUUUAGUAAAGGAAGGAAAACACUGAGGUACUGAAGAAAAUUUAACUUGCUCUUUUUUUUUAACUUUUUGGUGUUGAUUAUUUUAAAGUUAGAUAUGGAUUUGACAUCAUAAAAACAUAUAAUGUAAAGUAUACUCAGUCUCAAACACCCUUGUUAAACAAGAAAAAAUUAUAGAGAAGUCUAUUUCAAUAUUUUUCACAAUAUGAAGUGACUAUGGUAUUAAAUGUAUUUUGAUUAAAUUAAUCACUGAACCUUUCAAAUUUUUAGGUAUGGUGUUGUGGUUAGAACUGUGCAAUGUUUUGCAGUUGACGAAGCCAACUGGCAUCUGCCCUACACACCUGUUCUCAUUUAAAACAAUUCACAAAUUUUGACAUUGUUAUCAGACAAAUUUAAAUAUUUGAUCAGAUACUUUGUCCCUUAAAAAAGCAUUCAAGAGAAAUUUGUAUCCAUUGUAUUAAAUUGUGCCCACAUGUAAUCUGAUUAUCUUCUUUUCACUAUGACAAGCUAAUGGAAUAGCUGUAAUAAGCAAUAAAAGCAGUUACAUUAAAAUUUAUCACCCAUGAGGAAUAGCUGAGUGACAGCUUAAUAGGGGGUUACUUCCCAAUGCAAAUUCCAUGGAAUUAUUCAUAAUUUUGUUUUAGUGGUUUUAUUUUAACUCUUUACACCCUAACAUCAGUAUCCAUGUUCUCCAUUCUCUUCUCUAUACAUUUCCUUGAGUACUGACAUGGAGAAUUUGUAUAACAAUCAAUGCUUCUUUGGAUAGUGAUUAUUCUCUUUAUUCUCAUGAUCUUAAUGAAAGAUUCAACCAUAUAUCUGUACGGAGAAAUUAGAUGUUGGUCACUUUCAGGGUUUCAAAGGUUAAGGUACUGUUAAAUACAGGUCAAGAUGAUUGAGAGAAGAGCAGUUGAAACUUUAUAAAGAUGGCUGUAACUGCUAAGUAGAGGUCAAAAUUACUAUGAUUAAUAAUGGUAAUUGAACUAAUUGAGGGGAGUGCAAUUUGGGCUGAAAUCAUACGCAUGAUUUCCAAAUCGAAUGAGCGUGCAGCGUGAGUUCAAUUUGAAAUCACAAGUAUGAUUUCAGACCAAAAUUACACGACACGGGGUUCAAUUACCACUUUAUUACAUCCAUUUUGAAAUCACCCAAAUACAGGACUUGGUCAUUUCAAACAUUUUAUUGAUGCAGUACUGAGCAGGACUGAAAUUAAAUUCAUCCAUUUUUUUUUUUUUUUGGGGGAAGUAAGAGUUUUGGAAACAAAAUUUGCCACAUGAUACUCUGUCUUUCAUUUUUCUGCAAUUUGAUCAGUUACUUUAAACAAGCCUUGAAAUCUGAUCGGUCGUUUCAUUUUUAGUGUAGCCUCCUCAUUGCCUGGGAAAAAGAUGCGAUUUAAAGCAAAAAUUGGUGCGAUUCAUGAAUAAAUCACACCAAUUAGAGAUAAUCAGAUUACAAGGACCACCAGUGAUUUCAAAAUGGGUGUAAUAAAGGGAGAAACUGGGCUCUUUGACAAAUAACCAUUUAUUAGAGGUUUGAUAUUACUGCUAAAUAAUGUACUGGCUAAUACAAGUCUAACUGUAACUACUAUGGGCUAGAUUUUCUGUCUCCUUCAACCUGUUUCCUGAAUGAUUGAAAUUUGAAUAGUAUUGCUUAAUACUCGUGUAUUUUUUCUUUUAUAUUCAGGGGUACCUUUUUAUCUCAGUCCUUGUGAGUGCAAACAGUGAACUCAUCAAGCUGAUUAUCCAAAGCAUCAAGAAUGACUUGUCCAGUCGCAAUCCCAUCAAUGUCUGUCUUGCUCUACAAUGCAUUGCAAACAUUGGCAAUGAGGAGAUGGUAGAGGCAGUCGGGAAAGAAGUCCCCAAGUUAUUAGUCUCCCCCGACACUAAUGACAGUGUGAAGCAGUGCUCUGCACUCUGUGUUCUGAAACUCUUCAGGCUUAAAACAGAUAUCUUGCCUCCUGGAGAGUGGACAUCAAGAAUAGUUCAACUGUUAAAUGAUAAGCAUCUGGUGAGUGAAUGGUUGUUUAGCCUUUAAAAUUGAAGAAAUCCAUUUUCUUGCUUUCUAGAGAAAAUGACUUAAUCCUUUCACUCGUAAGAUCUGAUUGUUAAUUCUCCCCUUUAGCUACUAAAUAUUUCCUUGUAAAUUAAUUAUAAGAAUGUGGUGUUAGAUCAAGAUAACAACUUCUACUCGAUAAGUUUGAUUAUACUCAUUACCUGUUUGCUGGAUAAUAUAUGGAUAUUUUAGAGAGAAGUUACAUGUUAAUCACUUCUGAAAGUUAAAGGAAUAAAGAGUGUGUUUGCCCCAGGAGACAAAAUUGCUUCCCCAUUGAGAUAGCUGCUUUUUAUGUUCAGACUUUGUUCAAUAUUCACUGGCUAAAUGUGUAUGAUUUACAUUCUCAUGAGAAUGUGAGGGUUUUAUAUCAGUUCAGUUAGUAAGUGAUGGUCUGAUUCAAAGUGAACUUAAACCCACUUACCAGUAAUUACAGUCUUUUAAAAGUACUAUUAUGUACUGUUAUUUUCAGUACAAUAAGUGCACUGUACAUUUACGAGCAAACAAGCAAUGAGAGAUAACAAAAUAUCUCUGAGGGAAUUUUGUCCAGUUGAAACACCAGAUUUCUAAGAAUAAUUCAUCUAGGAAAAUGUAAUCAUCAUUUAGGAGGAUUGGAUUUUGAUUCUUGAUCUUAGGAGCUAGAAGAAAUUUGCUUAUGGUGAUUGUUUUUUGCUGGUCAUUUUCUCCUGUACAUUUCUGCUUGGACUACUGAGACCUCUAUGUGAGCAGUUUUAUGCUCUGUUUUUAGAGAAAAGCUUUUUUUGUUUUGAAAUGUCUGAAAGUUGCCAUUUGGACUGGCAUUAAUGUGAUUGUUUACCCACUAGGGUGUGGUAACCUCAGCAGCCAGCCUUAUCCAUGGAUUUGUCCAUUAUUUUGCUGAUGAGUACAAGGGUUGUGUUCAACUGGCAGUCUCAAGACUUAGUAGGGUAAGAGUUUUACAGCAUGCUAUACCUUCUGGUUGUUCAUACAGCUGUAGAGUUCUUGCAUUCCAUAAUUCUGCACAAUGACCAUCUGACCUUUUGGACUGUUUAAUGCCCUGACAUAAUAAACAUUGAUUUCCUUUUCAAUAGAUUGUAACAUCAUCUUACACGGACCUUCAAGACUACACCUACUACUUUGUUCCUGCUCCAUGGCUUUGCGUCAAGCUUAUUAAACUUCUCCAGAUGUACCCUCCUCCAGGUGAUCAGUUUAUCUUAUUCUUUGUGAUCCAAUUAGUUCAGAUUUGUUGCCAAAAUAUACUGCUGGUGGCAAUGUGCUACAUAUUAAGAUACAUGAUACUGAUAGCAUACUACUGAAUUUGUUGCAAGCUGAAACUUAGAAGUUAAACUUGAUGGAGGAAAAUUAGCCUGUACCGUAGGUGUUUUAAUUGGAACAUAGGUCAGCAUUUCUGGCUUGCAAUCAUUCACCAAGCUGCCAUAUUUGAUGAAGUGAUGAGGGGUUAGAGUGGAAGAUUGUUGGGGGGGGGGGGUUCUCUUCACAACCUUCACCCUACUUUUAAAAUCUAAGAUGGUAUAGAAACCUUUUGCUUAGAAUUACUGAGUGUUCCCCUGCUCAAAAUAGAUGUACAGGAAAACUGGGAAAUAGAUUGUUCGAGAAAAAUUCCAUUCUUGUUUAGGUGAAGUCAGCAAUUUUUCAUUUUGAUUUUGUUUGUGAAGGACUGCCUCCUAACUGAAUUUGUGUUUUUUACCCAUUUCCUGUUUGUUCUUGUUAGAUGACCCAGCUGUCUUUGGGAGACUAAAUGAGUGUUUGGAAACCAUUCUCAACAAGGCUCAGGUAUGGUUUUUAGAAUACAGGACAUUUCGCACAAAAGACUUUUCGCACAAGUCUUUUAGCACAAGUUUUGGACUGUUCGCACAAUUCUUAGUGGUCAUUUCACACAAUAAUUAUAAGUGAGAAACAUCAAUAUAAAAGGUAUACUAAUUGAUACUGAUAAGACAUUUCGCCUUCACAUUUCACUUUCAAUAAGAUCCAAUGGUGAGAACGUAGACAUUUAUGUAAUAACUUCAACUAGAUCGAAAUGCUUGUGAACAUGAUCACUAUUCUUACUUGAAGAAAGGAACAAAUCUUUCUCUCUAUGAAAAUGUAAAGAACUCUCUAUUCAAAUGAUUAUUUCUAUUACUUUUCCUUUGCUAAACGAAAAACCUUCUAGUUUUGAUAGUACAUCAUCCACUGCAAACAUAUGAACAUGAUGACCCAACACUAAAGACGCCAUGUUGAUUUCGAAAGUAAUUGUUACCAGUCCUCUCAGUCAGUCAAGUGAAAACCUGCAAACUGUUUCACUUUUUAUUAAAAAGGACAUAAGACUUAUUUACAAAAUUUCUGUGUUAAUAUAUAAAAUUCAAGCAAUGUCAAUUAUGGAAUUUUAAUUACAGUAUAUUAAUUGAUAUAUAUAUAUUCAUUUGCUAUCUAGUAACUAUUAAACCGAAGGAACUGCCAAAAUUGAACAUUUCUUCAGUAAUCUAUUCUAUUCAUUAAAUCAAGAACAAAAGAUUGAAAAAGGAAAUGAGGUGAAAAAAUAUCUUGCAUCUCGGCGACAAAUUGUUGACAUGAUCUUUUCAAACCCUUAUUACUUAAAUUUUAUCUCUUUUGCCUUCUUUAAAUUAACCCAGUGCCCCCUUUCUUUCCCCCCCCCCUAAAAAAAAAAGAUGGGGAAUUGAAUGGGGAAGGGGGAUCUUGUUGAUUAUUUUGAGUGUGGUAGAAACAGGAGUGUUAUUCUACACAUAAAGAGGACUCUUCAAACACAAUGUGUCAACUAAUUUUAAUGCUGAAUGUAGCUUUAGGUCCAGGGUUUGAGCUCAAUGUUUUUUUUCUCUCCCUCACUCUCUUUCAGGAACCACCCAAAUCAAAGAAAGUUCAGCAUUCAAAUGCAAGGAAUGCUGUCCUCUUUGAAGCAAUCAAUUUGAUUAUACACAUGGACAGGUAACCAGCAAAGUUCCUUUCUUGCAUGGAGAGCAAUACCAACUUUUGAGUUGAACUCUGAUGUUGCCAUUCCCUUAGUUAUUUAAGUUUUCAGUUGAGUAGGUUAAAGGAUGUAUUUAAGUGGGCCCUUCACUUGAGCCACUCAGUAGACAACAUUACCCCAAACACCUUAAUGCCACAGAAAUUAGUUUUAUUUUGGGGCAUGAAUGAAUUGUCAAGCUGGAAAACCCAAGGUUAGGAGUGUUGAAUCAAUGGUGUUGCCAAAACUUGUUUUCUAGCUGAGAGCACUCUCUGAUUUUCAGCAAAGUGACUAAGUUUCAUAUUGUUUUGUUGUGUUUAUAGUGAGCAAAGCUUGUUGAUAAGAGGCUGUAACCAACUGGGUCAAUUUUUGACACACAAGGAGACCAACUUGAGGUAUGAUGAGUUUGGUUCUUUUUGUGAGAACAUGCAUGUAUGGGCCAUCAAACAUCAUAAAAUACCAAAUCAGAUUAUAUCAUAGAUGGGAUUAUAGAUGGGCACCCCAUGCAUAGUAGGCAUCAGGAAGUUGCUUGAAGCCCUAAACAGCCCUUUCCAAUUUGGACCCAAAAGUUAUUUUGCUUAUGGACAGUGACAAAUUAUUCUUCAUUGCUUUAGAUUCCAAUAAACUUAGCCAUGUAUUUCAUGUAACAAUUAUAUAUGGAUGGCAUUUCUGAAUGCCUUUGCUAUUAUAGAGUGGCUCAAGAUCCAAAACAACAAACUCUUGCCAAUUUUGAUUUUAAUGAUAUUUAUAUGUUAUUUGAAUUGUGAAAUAUUAUUUUUAUUUUGGGGGAUUCCAGUGUACUCAGUGACAUAUAUCAAGUAAAGAAUGAAUGGAUUUGUGCAUGUUUUUGUUAUUGGACUUGUGGUUACCACCCAUCACCUCAGUACCUCAGGGUUGUUAAAAUAAACCAGCAACUGGCACAUUUCAUUGUCUGUUCAGAAAAAUGCCCCAGCUGUUCCAAAUGCUUAUGGCUCAAUUUUGAAUAUAAAAGAAUGACACUGUGCUGCUUCCUUUGUAUCACAAUCUGGUCACUAAAAAUCUUUUUGAAGAGUAGUAUUACACUAAAUACUCUUACUGGUCAAAACAUGUAAAAAUUAGCAAGACAUUUAAUCCAGUGGACAUUCUUGUUUUCUUUUCUUUUUAUCAUUGUUCUUUGAAAUUCAUUUUAUAGGUAUCUUGCUUUGGAAGGAUUGUGCUUGAUGUCAAAUUCUGAGUUUUCAGUUGAUGCAGUUAGGAAACAUCAGGAGACUGUUGUUGGAGCACUGAAGGUGAGGAAGACAGAUUUUAGAUCUUUUACAGAUUUAAGAUCAUUGCAAGGUUGAGAGCCCUGACUUAUUGUCGAUGUGUAUAACAAAGUGUAUUUUUGUUUACUCUAGACUGAACGAGAUGUCAGUGUACGUCAAAGAGCUGUUGACCUCCUCUAUGCCAUGUGUGACAAAAACAAUGCUGAAGAGAUUGUUUCUGAAAUGUUAACUUACCUGGAAACUGCUGAUUACUCCAUCAAAGAGGAAAUGGUAAAAAAAAUGUAUUAAACAUACUGUAAAAUAACUUAAUUUAGCAACAUAUUUUAAAGGAAGGUACUGUAUACAUACUCUAUAUGGAAAGCUUUUAGUCUCUGCUGCAUUUCUCUUCAGAAUGAAGAUUUCUUUCUUCAUUCAAGUAAUAGGUGGGUCAAAAGUUUGUGAUGUGAGAUCAUCUCAUUUCUGUCUUAGAAUUUCACCAAAUUAUUUUUUUUAGGAUCUCAAAGCACGAGAGGUUUUUCCAAGGCCUGAUUAAAAAGAGGUUCUAAUUUUGUUUUUCUUUUGCAAGGUGUUGAAAGUGGCAAUACUUGCAGAGAAGUUUGCAACAGAUUAUUCCUGGUACAUGGACACUAUUCUUACACUUAUAAGAAUUGCUGGGGAUUACGUCAGUGAAGAGGUAUGGAUAAGUGUCUUUAUUGUCCACUAACAUGGGUAGCUGGUAUAAGAAGUUUUUUGAGAGAUUCCCUGUUUCUGAGAGGUGAACACAUUCAACUUUAGAUUGAUUUGUAUGGGUAGUUUUAUCAUUAUGUCAGUAGUUAGAACUUCUGAGUGCUCUACAGUGCUUCAACAACAAGCAGUGCUUUGUUUAGAUUGGAAACAAAUUGAACAGAAAGCAAGUCGUUCUUUAAUCUAUAAUUUAACAACAUUUCUUGUAGGUUUGGUUUCGUGUGAUCCAAAUAGUGAUAAAUCGAGAUGACAUCCAGGGCUAUGCUGCAAAGACAGUGUUUGAAGCACUGCAGUCUCCAUCAUGCCAUGAGAACAUGGUCAAAGUUGGUGGCUACAUUCUUGGAGAGUUUGGAAAUCUUAUUGCAGGAGACCCAAGGUCAAGGUAUGAUUUUCAGCUGUUACAGAGCUGAAGCUGAUUGUCUAUCUUUCGCUUUCCAGGCUGCUUGGUGGCAAUGGAAAUGGCUAUGAUACUCAAUUAUUUCCAGUCUUAAACACUAAUUUUUAAAUUAAAUGCGUUUGAUGUAAUCAUCAUUUAUUAACAAUGCAAAUAACAAAUACCAUUCCAAUUUUAUAUUAAUUUGCCAUUUUUCUUCAUGACUUUUUAUAUUUUCAAAUUCUUAUCACUUGUCAUAAUUUUUUGUUUUUGGAGUUUGCCAGCCCUUCCCUCAAAUUGAAGUGUUCAUGGAACACAUAAAGUUAGCUUUAAUCAAAAUUUUGCCCAUUAUAUUAUGAUCACCACCUAGCUGCUGCCCUCUUUAGUGUCACUUGCUUUUUAUUGUCUUUCUUUUAGUCCCAUGGUUCAAUUCCAGCUGCUGCACAGUAAGUUUCCACUUUGUGCAUCCUCCACAAGAGGCCUGCUGAUGUCAACAUACGUCAAGUUUAUUAACCUCUUCCCUGAGAUCAAGGGAUACAUCCAAGAGGUACAAAGAGAGUUCUUAACUUAUUUUGUGUGAAAUAAAGCUCCUGUUGCAACACACCAUUCUAUUUUGACUCUAUGAAAUUACUUUUAGAAAUUCCUCGAAAAUUGCUGAAAUUAAAAAAUAAUUUGUCUAACCACUUCAUAUUUCUCAUUUAUUUUAGGUAUUAUUACUUCCAGCUAUUUUACAGAAUUUGUUAUUUUAUUGGAAAAAAUUUUGGUCAGAAUAACCCUUGGUAAUGUGUUAAAUUUUAUUCCCCCAGAUUUUGCGUAGUGAUAAUAACCUCAAAAAUUCUGAUGCUGAGAUCCAGCAGAGAGCUUUGGAGUACUUAAAGCUUAGUACUGUUGCAUCUCCAGAUGUUUUGGUAAGGUUAACAUUUUGAGCUUUUGUAAAGAUCAUAGAGGAGUGUUUCUACCUUAUUUGUUACAUUUUCAUUGAAAAUGUUGGUGGUAAUAGGACUUUUUCUGCUGGUCCUGUAUUGGCUAAGUUAAAAGUUGUGAAUUAAAGAGAUGAUUUAUCAUUAAGAACACAUCAGUGUGAAUACAGUGAAACUAGUUUGUUUGAGUUCCCUUGGUUACUGUUGGUUGAAAAAAUGUAUGGUAAAAGCUAUAAAGAGUAUGAUUAUAGAAUAAACACGAAAUUUCACGAGAUGCCGCUCCAAGAUCAUAUAUAUAUAUAGUUAAAUGUUACCCAUCCCAUUUCAGCCUUAAAUCUGGAAAACUCUUCUCACUUUGUCACAGAAUUGUCCCUUCAUUUUCUCCUCAUAGGCUACCGUUCUUGAAGAGAUGCCACCAUUCCCAGAACGUGAGUCUUCCAUCUUAGCAAAACUGAAGAAAAAGAAGCAGGAGAAAACAGGAAUCAUUGAGAAAGAAGAGAAGACUGAACCAGUGGAAAAACCAACUGCUAACGGCCAGGUUCCUGUUACUAUUAACGAGGUACACGUGCUGUUUGAAUAUUGUACAAGUCCAUGAUUAUUGCAGAAAGUAAUUCUGAAAAAAAAGAAAAAAAAGGAGAUUUGACACAAUAUAAUUUAAAUAGAAGAUAAGAGCAAUUUACAUUCCAUAAGAAAAUUUAAGUUGAUAUUUCAUCAUGGUUAGCGUGCUGUUCAGACAGUAAAUCAUGCUUUAUUUGAUUGGGCAAGCUGUUGACAGGUAUGAAUUUUAGGUAUACUGAGAUAUCAUCCCAUGAAGUAGAUGCCAAGAGACAGACUACAAUUGUAGUUGCCUUCUGAGUUGUUGUACGCUUUUUGUGUAUACAAAUUUUGUUUAGAAAGACACUGUGUUAUAAUUUAUUAUCACUUUGAUUUAUAAAAACUGCCUGACCUUUCUUGUCUCAACCCUUUACCCCUAGCAUCAAUAUCUAUAUGCUCCAUACUGUUAACUAUACAUUUACCAAGGUGCUGGUAAAGAGAAUUUGUUUAAUAAUCAAGAGCUGCUGUAGUUGAUGAUCAUUUCCUUUAUUCUCAUGACCUAAAUGGUUGAUUCAAGGCUGAUAUUGUAAGGAGAAAUUAGAUAUUAGACACUCUUAGGGGUUAAAGGGUUAAAUUAAUAGCAAGGAAUAAUAGGAAGAUUUUUUUAUUGCAGGCUCCUGCCCCCAAUCCAGCCCUACAACCAGGUAACAUUUUAUUAAGUUUUAUUAAAUUUCUAUGCCUUUCACUGCUGUCAAAACACUCGUGCUCAAGCACUCCGCUAACCUUCUUUAACGUUGUAACUCGCUUCUUAUUACCAGUAACCUGUCAUUCCACUGCUGAAACAUUUUUUUAGAGUUAAGUUUUGGCACUUACCAAAGUAUUUUGUUUCAGACCUCCUGGGUACAGAGACAAUAGUUUCAAAGCCUUUGACAAAUAACUUUGGACCUCCCGAGACAGGAGGAGGUAGCCUUCUUGUAGACGUGUUUGAGAUGCCUCCAGCCCCCAUGGCAGGGAGUGCUCCAUCCAUAACCCCAGGGGCAGAGGAAAACCUCAAGAAGUUAGUUUUUGUAUAAUCUUAAAUCCUCUCAACAACGGCCACGUUGGGGAGAGCGAAAAAUAGCUAUUGUAGAGGGUGACUGUUAUGGAAAGGUAUCGGUGUAACAAGAGACCCGGUAUUCAAGGCUAUAUUUCCUUUUGCUAUAAAAUGUUUAUUGUAGCUCAUAAAUGUGCAGUCCAAUGAAGAUAUGUCAGUAAAGCAGGAAAUGAAAAAUAGCUCUGAAAUGAAAAUUUUAUUGCUGAACUUCAGCAAUAACAAAUGUGAUACUGUUUAGAUCUUUGAUCAACCAUUCGUUAACAGGUCGUACAAGGGAGGUGGCCGUUAUUUGAAGUUGUACUUCACAUAUUUAAUUUUUUGAUAUGUGCUCUUUGCAUUAUCAAACAACUUUUGGGAUGAAUUAUGUAACGUUAUCAGAAGCAUGUUGUAGACAGUGAAGAGGUGAUCUUGGUAGUCCAAGAGUCUAUGAGAUGUGUGUAAAAAACACUAAUGACUUGUUGCAGUCCUCUGAAGAUGAUUAAACAAGACUUACUAAGAUUUCCCACAUUUUUUUGAACAGAUUUGUGUGUAAAAACACUGGGGUUCUUUUUGAAACUGACAUCCUACAAGUUGGUAUCAAAUCGGAAUUCAAAGACGAGAAAGGUAAGUAGUUUUUAUCUCAAUAUAGAAAACCUCUGGUGUUCAAAUGCUUGGUUUUCCAUCGGUCCAAAAUCGGUCACAGAACCACAGGUCAAUGUUAUUAGUACCAAUUUUGAUUUUCAUAUGCGUCGUUAUUUGUCUAUUCUAUGUUUUUCUCCUGUCUUUUUUUUCUUAAUGCUAACGUGUUGUUGUUGUUUUUUUUCAGGGGCUCUUGGUGUGUUCUAUGGUAACAAGACCUCAUCCCAGUUUGUUUCGUUUUCUUCCAUGGUCCACUUGCCGGGAGAUCUUAAUACUCAUAUCCUUUCAGUCAAAGGCGCUCAUGUUGUUGUUGAGUUUAAGCAAAACAUUCACAGCAACGGUAACAGGAAACGGCAAAAAAUGAGCUGAUUUUUCUCAUCUUGCCAAUAAUCCUUAGAUCAAGUCUGUAGAAAAUUAGAAACUACUUAUUUGUCCAAAUUUAAAGAAAAUGUUUUGGGUUAAGUCUACAAACGGCUGAAAGACGAGAGGGAAAAGUUUCUUUUCUCCCCGUGUGUCAUUUGCCCAUAAACAUUUAUUGUGGUGGAUUGCAAAGCAUUAGCUCUGUGUCUGGCAGGAGAUGUGGUACUUUUUCUAACGUUGUGAUAAUGAUACCACGCGAAACUCCGGCAGACUUGGUAGACUUGUAUACUUUAUGCUGGCUGGGUGUCCUGUGGUUAAGAUUUGUCUACAAAUCUUGAGAAUCCAUUUCUAGAGCGAAACUUGAGUUAAAAUCUUCUUUCCCCAUUCCACUUAACAUUUCAAUGACUCAGUUUAUUUCUGAAGAAUUAUCAGACGCACAGGGACCUUUCAUACGUUUAGUUUGCAUCCUUGACUUUGUUCACACAUCAAAGUUGACACCAAUUCUCCUCCAAACAUUGUGGAGGGCGGAGCACAAGUCAAACAGAUGAUAAAUGUAGAAUGUAUCUCAGAAUUCAAAGACCAUCCACUCAUAGAUAUUCAAUUCGGGUAUGUUUCUUUACUACGUUUACUUGUAAAGGUUUCUAGGUUAACCUAUUGAUUUACACUACUCAAUUUAAGUAUCGCGCAAGACAGUUUUGAAUCUGAUUGGUCGACAUUGGCAAAUGUUUCCAAGAGCAAUCACUAAGCGAAGUAAAAGAAAACUGUAACAUGACAGUGGUUUAGCGCGGUCUGUGUCGUUAUCGACAACUAUAUUCGCCAUCACAAUGGUUAAAAUGUUAUGUACUCACGAGGCGCAGUAUUGAGGCUUUUGUCACAGUAUCAACGUCAAAUAAAACGAUUCUUUUUAGUGCGUGACCAUUGCGUGACACGUUGACGUGAACAGUGUUGUCGGUACUCUUAGUGACAACGGCAAAUUGGCCAAUCAGAUUGCGCCAUUACAGCCACUUGUGGUAAAAAGUGCAAUCCCGGAUGGGUUCCGGCUCUUUAUUGAAAAUGGCUCAAAUGACAAACGCCUAAGAGAUAAGAAUGGGUCAAAGGCAAAAUAGGAAGGUUGAGACUGGGAAUUAACAACACAGAUUACAGGUCAUGUAUUUCACUGAUCUUUUCGGUUUUUUUUUUUCUGCCGUAUUUUGUACCCCUUUCUUAAUGAAGGGUAUGAUUACUAUUCUUUUCUGUGCAUGCUAAUCAGCCCUUUUGGCCUUGUUUUGGGCGAAAAUUCUAUAGUUUCCACACAUACUGUCGAGGCCAGAUAAGCAAUGAGGCCAACCAUUUAUGGAUGAAGUCUAUUUGUCAGCCGAAAUACAUUGGAGAGCCCCACUUAACUAAUAGGAAAACGUACAAAUACUUUUCGUACUAUUUUUGGAAUAAACAAUUUCCUUUUUGCCUUUCUCUUUUUAGUGUGAACGGCACGAGCCAAAGAAUUGUCCUUCCAGUCCCACUGUUUCCUUCCAAAUUCUUCGCGCCGACAGAUAUGAACUCGCAAGACUUCUUUUCCAGAUGGAAACAAUUGGGAAAGUAAGUAGAUUUGUUGUAGUUAUGGAUCUUCGCUUGAAUUAGGAAUGAAAACAAAAAAAUGGGAGGAAUGGAAAGUCUUAACGUAGCAGUUGUCUUUCAUUAGAGUUAAACGAUACAUUAACUCAGCGGGAGCUCCUUUCAGCGGACACCCCCAGGACUGGAGGAAGUUUCCCUAAAAAGUUCCCCAAACGUUUUUGGCUCUCGAGUGGAAAAAUCCCCUUAAUGGUGGUACCCCACUGUCUUAGAGUGCUUCAUUUGAAAGCGGAGUGAUGUUCUUUACAGGUAGAUCACAUGCCUUCUAAGUACAGGGUCAGCGCUUCUACUGAAUGAUCUACGAAGAAGCAUCUGAAUAACUGAUUCUUGGCCGGUAUCUACAAGGCACAGGCUCGAGUCCCGUGGAAGCCUUACUUUUUCCGGCUUAAUUGCAUGUAAAAUGGCCUCAUGUGUUAGUGAGAUUCACAGGUCCUGCUCCAGUUAUUCCUGUAGUAUUGUUUUCUGACCUAGUUUAAGUUCUUAUUCGUCAUUUCAUGUUUCAGCCCGGAUCAAGAGUGCCAGCAGAUUUUUAAGGCUAAGUUUCCAAUUGAUACAGAGACAAUUAAGACAAAGGUUAGUAAUCAGUAUGCCACCCUCAGUCAGCGUAGUUCCCUUGAAGCUGUUGCAAAACUUAAACGACCCACUGGGGCAAACACUAGCAUCACUGAGCAUCUGCAAAUUGUAUGAAAAAGGAAUCCUGUGUGAAUUUGAGUGACAGUAAACAGGGCGACAGGAAAACAGGCCACAAUAUAUAACUAGUGGAGACAGGAGACAAGUAGAAUGAUGGAGAAGGAACAUUCAAACUUGCAUUUAAUGAAAGUAGAGCGAAAGCAAGAACGCAACGGGGGUAACCUUGGGAUGGAUUAGUAUCCCUUUAAAGGGGGGGGGGUAGCAAUACUCCUAGUUUCUUCAUGCCCCUCGGAAACUGGGAUAAGGUCCGGCCGGGUGGACCAAUGGGCUCGAGUCCAGACUUUACCUUAAUUUAAAGGUUUAAACAGAUAUAUUCUAUACUCUGAUCGGUUGGAGCCUGCUGAAGGGAAUUUCAUUCAGGUUGCUUAAACUACAGUUACUACCACUUACAACAGUGCUUUUCAGGAUUAGCCUCACCCGGACGAUCAGACAACACCUUCAAAACGAGUUUCGUUGCUUACACAAUUUCUGUCAGCAUCAUCAUGUAAUUCCUAUAUCAGUAUUUUCUUUCUGUGAUAACUUUUUGUCUGGUGUCUUUCAGCUCGUUGGCUUUGGAGUUUCCCUACUUCAGAAUGUAGACCCUAAUCCGGAGAACUUUGUGUGUGCCGGUAUAAUUAAAGGAACAACCGUUCAAAUAGGAACACUGCUUCGACUAGAACCUAAUAGACAAGCUCAAGUAAGCAGAACUCUUGUGAAAUUUUCUUUUAAAAGUUUGAAAGUGUCAAAAGUAUAAUUAUCUGCUAAGGGGGUUAUAGCAUGGCUGAAAAUUAUCUUCAAGAGUUGCGAUGUGGAAAUUUAACCUUUUAACAGAGUGAUUGCUUUCCUUUUCAGAUGUUUAGACUGACAAUAAGAAGCUCAAGACCACAUGUGGCUACAACUCUAGUAGAGUUAUUGGUAGAUCAGUUUUAAACCUGUUUUCCAGGUAGAGAGAUUCGCACGGUGCAUCUGUCAUAAUGCAGUGCAUCUGGAGUAAACCAGUCUUUUUGUGAACCAUUGGGGAGAUCAUUUUGAUCAGCCCAUCUACUUCAUUAUCUUCUGAUGCCUUACAUGUGUUGUAAUAUACAUGUGUUAUAAGAUAGCUUUACCAUUGACUUAAGACUGUAAUUUAGUUUUUGACGUAACACUUUCUUAUAAACCCCGUGAAUCUCCUGUAGUGUUCCUUAGCCAAUCAGAGCGAGGGUGAGGGCGACUUCUUUUCCUGUGCUGUGGUUGGUUAAGUCUUCAGUUCUAGUUGUGGCAUGUUGCCAUUUCCUCAGUUGAGUAAUGAAGGAAAAAUUAUCAGCCGAACAAGCAAGGUAUGAUCAUUUAGCCUGCGCUUUCUUAAUAAUUGCGAGCUUGUAACACAAAACAGUCUGCCUGAUUUAGUUGUGUGACAUACCGCAAACGUUCUGAUAAGCCCCUCCCCUUCCUACCCCACUCCCCUCCCCCUUCCUACCCUACCCUACUCCCCUCCGAAAAAGUAUUAAGUAGUGGCAGUAUUGUCGUUAGUUGCGUGUUAGUAAGUUUGGUAGGCUAUGCAACAUUCAGUCGUUUUCGAAAGCUUGCAUUGGUUUUCGUUUUGAAAAUCGUAGGUUUUCAAUCAGAGAAAUAAGUUUUUCAGUUGGUAAGAAAAACAUGUACUCGCAUUUUGCCCCACAAUGAGGUUUUGUUAAUCCACCCACCCCACCUACCCCACCCCCCCCUUCACCUUCUUCAAUAAGCCUCCCGUCAGAGGGUCCCUGGAAAUUGAUAUGCUCCAAGGACUUA